CUACAGUAAUCUCUGAUAAAAGAGAUGAAAUAAUUGGAGCAUUAGUCAAGCAAGUGCAGCAACUAUUGGUUAACUAUGUUGUGGCAAAUAACCAGCAAGAAAAGGAUACACGUGAAAAAGAAAAAUAUAGAGAGAACCCUAAGCCCAGGAAAGAAAUCAUUUGUUAUAAGUGUGGUGAAAAAGGACACAUAGCUCGCUUUUGUAUAUCAGAAAGAAGACCUAAGGAGCCUAGUGAAGUAGAAAGACCAUAUACAGAAAAUGUUAGUAGAGUAAACUACUGUGAAAAUGAGUUAUAUAUAGUGGACAAAAGAAAGCAAUAA